AUGGAGAAGGCACAAAAUGAAUGCGACUAUAAUCGAGUUGCACAUACGAUCACUGUGGGUGUAGCGUGUCGGUUGGGUCUCAUUGAACUGACAAGACAGCUACUGCUGGCUGGUCAUGGAGCGUUUCCUGAUGCACGCAGAUGGUGGCCGAUUCAUGAGGCUGCUUACGGGCUACAUUACGAGUGCUGCAAAUUAGUCAUUGAAAUAGGUCAUGCGGAUGUGAAUGCUCGUGCUCACGAUGGUGUUACGCCGCUGCUGUUGGUGUGUAGACGUGAUCGAGAUCACGACAGGGCGUUUGCUAUCGCAAAAUUACUACUCGAAAAUGGUGCAGAUCCAAACAUGACAAGCUUGGAUGAGAUGACUCCGUUGAUUCAAGCAAUAAAAUCACAGAAUCGAUUGCUCAUCGACCUUCUACUUGACUCUGGCGCUGAUCCGCAUGAGAAAUGGUAUAAUGGGUGGACAGCACUUCAUGAAAGUGCCAAUUCACACGAUGAAGUAACGAUGAAACGUCUGUUGGAGACGGGUAAUGACAUAUUCGCAAUUGAUGAUGACGGACACAGUGUGUUGUUUGUUGCGGUUCAGGAGGGUUAUAUGCCUUGUGUGGAAUUAAUUCUGGACGCUGCUGGAGAGAGAGCUGCCGAAUUGGCAAAUCAGCGCUUGAACGAUGGUUGUUCAUGUGUCAUGGUGGCAGCCACCGAAGGAUAUUGGCAGAUUUUAUCGAAGCUGAUGGAACACGGAGCAGAUUGUAAUCUGACCUUACAACCGAUUUGGGGCUCGUCUGGAGGCGGUUUGCAUGCGUUGGCAAUUGCAGCGCAGCAUAACUACUGGAAAUGCGUGGACAUUCUACUGCCAUACGUCGAUCGAGCAGUGCUCGCUGAUACGGAUCUUGAUCCAAUGUCAGCAGCCGCGUUCCGUGGUUCCAUCGAUAGUAUUAGUCGAUUGCUGGAUGCGGGUUACUCAACUGAGGUACGAACGGAAGCGCCGAUAACAACCGUCAUUAUACCCUACCUGCAACCAAUAUUUCAGCGUUCUUAUCAUACUCCUUUAAGAGAGGCGGUUCGAAAGGAUCAUUUAGAUGUGGUGAAAAUGUUGAUUGCUGCAGGUGCAACGGUAGAAUGCUAUUCACCGUUUCUGUUCUCGUUUCGGAAUCGUCUAAAUCCGCAAAUAAUGCGUUGUUUCUUGGAGAAUGACGUCGAUUUGGAUUUCAGAAGUGAGAAUACGUUGAGCAAUGUGCCUGAUGCACUCUUAGCCGUUCUCGGAACGGAGAAUCGCCGUAAACUUCUUCAACUUUUGAAGUGUGGCUUGAAACCGUAUUUACAGGUUUGA